AUGCCGAAUAGCCAUUCUCCAGAAGAGACUGUUGGGAGUGAGCUUACUAUUUACGACACGGGCAUUACGUCUCACCCUCAAUGGGAGUUCUCAGAAUUCACAAACCCCCUAGCAUCCCUGGGCGCCGUCCAGGACGAACUUGAUAUCACAACCUUGCCAAGGCAUAACUGCCUUCCCCAAGCCCCUUUAUCGCUCUGUACGGAAUCCAACUCGGCGUACAAUUGGGGUCAUGCAAACUAUUCCAUCCAGGAUCAAACUUUAUCGCCUGAGCCCCCGGCAAUAAUCUAUCAGAAACCAUCGUCGGCUUUAAUUCCUGAAUUGCCAUCAUCGGUCGAGUUGGACAAAAGACCUAGCCGAAAGAGGAAGGCAAACCUCGAUGAACCCAAAACUCUCAGGUCUGCUGGAUGCAAUGCUAGAGGGGGUACCGACACCAAUGGCGAAAGGAGGAAAAGAACUGUUGCGGAGGCAAAGGAAGUUAACGCUAGUGACAAUAUAUCUAAUCGCGAAACCGAAAAGCAAAAGCAGGUUCAGCAAAGAAAUCUUAUCGCUGCGAAGAAAUGUCGCCUAAGAAAGAAAGAAGACCUGAUGAGACUUCAGUCCGACGAACACGAGCUGGAGGAACGUCAUAGGAUGCUAUCUAGCUGUGUGGAAGAAUUGAAAGAAGAGAUUCUAUAUCUAAAAAUGCAACUACUACAGCACUCGAGCUGUGAGUGCACUCCAAUACAUCGUUACAUAGAGAAAGAAGCACAAUCUUAUAUUGAUGCACUGAGCCCGAGGUGGACUACAUAA